AUCAUUCUCCUGGAUUUCAUGGCGCUUCCUCCUCCUGCCCUUUAGUUACAUUGUAUCUCCCUUACUGAAAGGAGCGAGGGAUCUAGGAUUCAACUCAAGGAGAGAAAAAAAAAAAGAAUAAAUAUAUGUGAAAAUGGACGUGCCGAGAUGUUGGAUUUAUCGUCCUGGAGUUUAAGAAAGACGUAUUUGAAGAACGCUUUGAGAUUUAGAUCCUGAGUGGCCAGUUUCAGGGCAGUGUUUCCAUUUCUGAACGGGAUCUUUAGGAGUGUGAUGGCUGCUGGCCUUCCCUUUCUCUAGUUGCUGGAUGUGUUGGAAAGUGCACUGCUUUGGGAGCAUUUUUGGAAUUCCGUACGCAAAUCCAGAAGCAUUUCCACCUUUCUCUAUGGAAUGUACAUAAGUAUUCUCUGGAUAGGGGUUCGCGUGUGGGGCCAAAAUGUGGGUGACUGGGAAGUUGACAUCAAUACGUUGAGGCUACUGUUCUCCUUCUCCCCACACCCUGGCAGUCUGAGGAAUCAGACGUUACUGUGACAAACCUGGGCCGCUGGCACUAAAAUGUCCCUAAGUGGUGGCACUGCAGGCGGGAAAGGUGUGGACUCGAAUGCGGUGGACACUUACGACAGCGGUGAUGAGUGGGAUAUCGGGGUUGGAAAUCUGAUUAUCGACCUUGACGCUGACCUAGAGAAGGACAAACUCGAGAUGUCUGGCACCAAGGACGGAGGGGGAAUGGCAGCUCCACCUAGCGCAGUAGCGGCUCUGCCAGACAAUAUCAAAUUCGUGAGCCCGGUUAGUGCCCCUCAGGGCAAAGAGAGUAAAUCGAAAUCAAAACGCAACAAAAAUUCUAAAGACAAUAGCAGCAAGUCUCCAGCUGCAGAUGGAGCAAAAAAGGACCAUCAGGGACGGACCCAAGGGGAGGUUACAGGUGCGACAGGUAGUUCAGGAGGCGGCAACUCCGCUCCUGGCAAAGGCGUCGAGAAGGGCGCCAAGGCCUCACGCGGUGUGCAGAACAGCAAAAAGGAGAAGGAAGUAUCGAGUGGGAAAAACAAGAAAGAAAAAAGUGAAAGCGGACCAGUUGCAGUCGUGGCAAUUGAGAAGGAGAUAGUAGCAAACGCUCAGGCGUUUGGAAGCACACGCAACACGUCCUUUGACAAUACACAAAAUGCAGACAUGGCUGUGACAGAGCAACUUGGGAAUAACGCUCUGGAAAAUGUUGAAAUCGUCUCUCCGUUAGCUAUUAAAUCAGAGCCAGAGGAGCUUGACGGGGAAUGCAGAGCUUUGAAGAAGGUGAAAAACGAAAAGAUGGAGUCUCCAGUCUCCACCCCGGCCCCUCCGCCACUUCACCUCCUCGCCUCUAUGGGAAACAGUGACAUUGCCUCACCUUGUGAGCAGCUUAUGGUGCGAACACGCUCGGUGGCUGUCAACACAUCUGAUGUGGCCCUGUCCACUGAGCCAGAGUGCCUGGGACCCUGUGAGCCGGGCACCAGCGUCAACCUGGAGGGCAUUGUGUGGCAAGAAACUGAGGACGGUAUGCUGGUGGUCAAUGUUACUUGGAGGAACAAAACAUAUGUCGGAACACUUUUGGAUUGUACCCGUCAUGACUGGGCUCCUCCAAGGUUCUGCGAGUCUCCCACAAGUGACCUAGAAAUGAGAAACGGACGUGGCCGUGGUAAAAGAAUGCGGCCCAACAGCAACACCCCAGUCAAUGAGAACAGCAACUCAUCUGAUAAUAAGGGCAGCAACAACAGCAAGACCAGAGCAAGUUCCAACAGCAAGGGUCGGCGCGUAAGCCAAAACUCCUCUGAGCACAGGACUCCACCCAAUAGUAACACAGAGGACAUAAAAGCCAGUCCCUCCUCAGCCAGUAAGCGCAAGAACAAACCUGUAUCAGACAUGGAGCCCAACUCUAGCUCUGAGGAUUCUAAAGGCAACAAGCGUAUGCGCACAAAUUCAAAUGGUGGAAUGAUAUCCUCUGCACUCCCAAUUCCUAUCAUCAAAACUGAGUCCCUUCCUCCUCCUUUAGACCGAACCUGUCCCUCACCUGUACUGAUUGACUGCCCACAUCCCAAUUGCAACAAAAAGUACAAACACAUCAAUGGCCUGAAGUACCAUCAGGCUCGUGCUCAUAAUGAUGAUGAUAUUAAGUUGGACAUGGACGGUGACAGCGAAUAUGGGGAAGAAUCCUCUCUCCACCCAGAGCCAGGAAGUUGCAACGGAGCUUCGAUUACACAGAAAGGCUCUCUCUCCCCAGCACGUUCUGUCACACCUAAAGGAAGAGGUUUUGAUGCUCAGAGUCCAUCUCCUUCUCCUGGGAAGUUUGGUUCCAAGUCAAAGAAAAAGAAUGGUGAUGCCGAAGCAGAAGUUUGUGGCACACCUAUGGAGGGUUGUGAGGACGGGCCUUGUGUCACUGCUGAUGAGGCUAGCAAUGAUGGCAUGGAGGACAGGAAGUCCAAAAAACCAAGCAGCAAUGUCAAGUCUGACAAGCUGUCCCAGAAAAACAUGAAGUCUUCCAGACCCGUAGCUCUAUCCCUCCCUUCUCAGCAGAUGUACUCUUUGCAGCCAACAUCAUUUAGUGGUGGAAGCCCCAACCAUCCUCCAGGGAUGGCCAACAUGUUGCAGGGCAUCCCCAAGAGCCCCCAGCUAAAAGGCAUUCAGAAAACGUUGGGUGUAACUGGGGAUUCAUCGCCAAUUAAUCCAGCUUUGAGCAGCUCCAAGGACAAAAAGAAAAAAGACAAGAAAAAGAAAGAUUUGGGCAAGGAUGCAGACAGUCCAAAGCUCCCAGGAAAGAGUGGGAAAACUGAAGAGGGGAAAAGCCCAUACUCUGAGUCCUCUGACCCAGGAAGCAGGAGUGAGGGUCAUCUCAAUGGCUCCUCAGACCUUCAUCAAAGCCGCCUUGCUAGCAUGAAGGCUGAGGCGGAUAAGAUAUACAGCUUCACGGAUAAUGCUCCCAGUCCAUCCAUCGGGGUGGCCAGUCGUGUGGAUAGCAGUGGACAGCCUCUCACUCCCCUUCACGCCAUCACCCAGAAUGGGGCAGAUAGCUCCUCGGUAAAGACAAACAGCCCUGCAUACUCUGACAUAUCUGAUGCCGGGGAGGAUGGUGAAGGCAGAAUGGAAGGGGUCAAAGGUAAAGCGGAAGAUCAGUCAGGCAGGGAUGGUGCGAAGAAGGCACUAUUUCCCUCUCAGGCAUCCUCUAAGGAUUCUGCAUAUUAUGCUAGCUAUGACAACUACUACUCUCCCAGUUACACCCACUCUAGCCCUGGUGGUGCUACUGCUGGUGGGCCUCUGCCGGACGGGCAAGCUGUGAAACUGAAGAAGGAAGAUGAGCAAGAAUCGCCAGAGGAGAAGAUGAAGGUGGACGUGCAGGAUGAGCGCAAAGCUGAGGUCACUUCAAGUCAGCCACACCAGCAGCAAGCCUCUGUCAUUCAGCAGCGCUCCAAUAUGUACAUGCAGCCACUCUACUACAACCAAUACUACGUCCCCCCAUAUGGAUACCCAGAUCAGGUUUAUCACAAUCACCUCAUGAACACUAAUCCAGCCUACAGGCAGCAGUAUGAGGAAAGGCAAAGACUCGUGUCUGAGCAGCAGAGGUCUGCUGAGAAAAAGCCUGAUUCAGGUGUAAAGGACAGGGAGGACUGGAAACAGAAGGGCCCUGUUCCUCCAGGCCUAACAAAAGCACCAAGCCUUUCAGACCUGGGAAAGCCACAGGCCCCUGGCAAGCAGAGAGACACUUCCUCCGAACCUGCCAAGUCAGUCAUCAUCCCUAAAGGGGAGGAGGCUAAGCUGCAGCCACAGCAAGCUGAAGGGCUUAAAAUGAAGCUCAGUGAAGCUGGCCAUCAUGGAAAGGAUGACUCAAAGGCAAGUGUGGAGUCUGCCAGGCUGGGUAUGGAGCAAGCCAUGUGGUACAGACAGUACCCUGAUGGUCAGAGACCGCCUGAUGAGGACCGAGACCGGGAGCGGGACAGAAAAGGCAAAGAUGAGAGACCUAGGCAGAAAGACUGCAGCUCCAAAGAAGAUAGUAAAGAUGGAACUGAUGGUUCAUGUCUUCUCAACGCUGAGGACCAGCGAUGUGGAGGGAAAGAUUCCCGGCCCAGUGCCCAUAUACCUUUCAGCUCCCCCUUACCACAACACCAACCCUACUUACAUUACAUGCAUGGAUAUCCUUUUGGGCAAAGCUACGAUCCCGGCCAUCCUGGAUACAGAGGCAUGUCCUCGGUCAUGAACUACCCAGGGUCCUAUUUGCCAGCGGGAUACCCUUUCUCCCCUUACGGCAGUAAAAUGGGCAGUGGAGAAGAGGGAGAGAAAUCUCGCUCCAGCCCCACAGUCAGCAGCAAGUCGGCUUCAGAGUCCAAAGCCUUGGACAUACUACACCAACACGCCAACCAGUACAAGAGCAAAUCGCCCACUGUUGCCGAAAAGCCCUCCCAUGAAAGGGAGCGAGGAGGCGGCGACCGAGAACGGGAGAGAGAAUUAGAUCGACCGCGUUCAUCUCCUUCCCAGCGCAUAAUGCCACCCCACCACCACCUAGGCUAUCCCCUUGUAGCCGGGCAGUACGAUCUGUCUUAUGCCACAGGCCUUUCAUCGUCAGCGAUUGUUGCCAGUCAGCAAGCCUCAGCCCCUUCCCUGUACCCACCAGCACGGAGGUGAGAAUGGGAAACCUGAUGGUCUCGCCCUUCUUUACAAAUAAUCAUGUGACUGGAUCACAUGAGGAGGUAUAUGGAGUUCAUUUAGACAUCAGUUGAAUGGUGUUUCUAUAUUUUUAGUUUUUCUGCCGGAAUGUGUGGCAGAUUGAUGUUUUCCUAGUAUCUGUACCUCGUACCCCACUACAGACUGUGAGACCAGGUUCAAAGCCAUCCUGUCCUGCUCAAAGCCCAGCUGGCCACUGAACUGUGCCUGUGAACUGGUGAGGAAUGAUUGAAAAGCAAGGACUGUCAUUCCACUCACCAGAUGCAGGCUGUGGCCAGACAAGAGGCAAGGACUCGAGGGGACAUAAGAACACAAAGACUGAAAAUAGUUUUAUCACACUGAGAUAACUAAAGUUGUUUCCCUUUUUUAUUUUAGUUGGCAUCCUCACUGAAAAAAAAAAGAAAAAAUCAGUUUGACCCACGGUUUUUGAACUGCUGUUCUCUAGAUACCACCAGUGAAAGCUGCAGAUAUUAUCUAGCAACUCUGUCUUUCUGCCAGUGGUUCCUAAACGGUUCUCAUUGCCACAUGCCUCAAGACUGCUCUGUUUUUUUCUUAUGAUUUUUUUUUUUUUUCAUUUUCCAAGUCUCUCUUCUCUAUCAUAAGCAUGGUUCCAUGUAACGAGAAUGACAUCAAUGUUUUAUUUUAUUAUUAUUACUUUUUUCAAAAAAGUUCUGUUCUUGCAACUAGUAAGUUAAAACUGUACUGCGUUCCGGUAACCAUCAUGCUGUUUUUUAGACAUGUUCAGCAGUAUCAUCCAGCUUCUCGUGGAUUAGCAAAUCCAGGAAACUGCCCUCACACAUCUGCUUUCAGCAAGACAUUUCACUUCCAGAUUCAUUUGCGAUAUAUCAUUUCAGUGAGCACUGUUCCGUCAGUUUUUCAUUAGAACAUCACUGGCUGAGGUCUGUUUACUCCAGGGAAUUAUCUUCGAUUCCACUUUGUUAUCCUUCAACUUGAAUCUGAGCAUCCUCGUUCCCGUCUUGGCUACCUUACCUCAUCGUGAACAGAAUUUCCGAUUUAUCGCUAUGGUUCUUAAAAUGAAUGUUUGUUAAUGUGACAAGGUAUAGUAAGUUCUUUUAGAGAGACGCUUACGUGCUGGCCGUCUUGCUGCAGCGGUAUGGGGUGCGUGUCACCAGAGGCCCAGUAGUUUUGUUCUAAUUGUUCUGAAGUUCUUGCAUGGGGCCGCUCUAUCUCUAAACACUUAUUGUGGAAGUGUUGUGAUAACUCCAGCGUGUUUUAUGAAACCAAGUGAGCGUUUGACCCGAACAUGCUUUCAUAGCCCAUCAUGCUCUGUGUAUUUCAUGUGUCGUCCAGCAUGGUGUAUUAUAGCACUAGAAAUGUGACUUUAAACAGUGUCUCCUCAGGCAAAGCAAACUGGUUUUGUACCGAACGCUGUCGAUAUUCUUGGUUGCACACACUAUGUGAUGUCUGUAUAUGAUGUACAGAGGAACUGUUUUAAAAGCAAUCAAGAAACCAUCCGAUUACUGUGUUGUUUUGUUUCGAAAUCUGUCACUAGGGUGUGUUUUUCUUUUCCUCUUCGGUUUUGUCCUCUGGUUUAUCUUCCAUAGCUUUGUAUUGGCUUGCUGUCACAAAUGCUUGCUGGUUUUUUAACACUCACUAGGUUCAUGAAACUCUUAAAUGAGUCUUUGGAGUCUCUCAAUCUAAAAUCUCAGCUUGACACUCUCGGUGGAUCUCAGGCGGUUUCCUGGUUGUUUUGCUGCUGAUAUUGAGUCAUAUUUUCACACAAAAUGAUUUGAUCAGGUAGAUUUUAACAGGCUCUGCUGGAAGGAGAGACGAAAGACAGGUGUUUGGAGGAAUACGUUGACUCGUGCACUCCCUCUCAAGUGUAAAGUCACAAUGAAAAAAGCAACCACAGCAGUAAAGCACCGUGGUACACUGAAUACUGAGAGAAAUGGGCUUUAAGUUACACAUCCAAUAUAUUCAGCAAUAUGUCAUUUGAUAUUAGGUACAUUGGGAUGUUUGAGUCACACAGAACAACUUUCUGAAUUGUCAUGAAUUCAAACCUGAAAUUUUUUUAAUCUCAUUUUUGUCAUUUAAGAAACAAUCUCAGUACGGAUCGUGAAAAUUGUCACAUGCAUUUUGUGCUAGUUUCAAAUGGUGCUCAAUUGACAUGCUUUGAUUUGAUGUAAAGAGGAUGCAGUGCACUAUUGCAUGCUUUGUGUCAUUUACACGAUGAUCUAGCACAUUUUUCCUGUUGCGCUUCAUCCCAAUUGUUUCUCAAAAGACAAUUUGUCACAAAGUAUCAGGCCCCGGUACUUAAGGAAUGUUUACAUUUUUUUUAAUGACUUUGUUUGGAUUUUUUUUUUUUUUUUUUUUUUUUUUUUGCUGUUUCACCCAAUUCCUCCUGUUCUUUCUUGGACUGUUUCUCUUAUGUAAAGUGUACAUUACCACGUUUCUUUUUUUAUACAAUACUGUAACUUGCCUUUGUACAUUUAGGCAAAAAAAAUAAAUCUUUUUAUGAGACAAUCA